CCUCAUCGUCUCUCCAACUCCCCGCGCUCCGCCUCACUCCAUUCUCCUUCGGCACGAGCCAACCACUCGCUACUCUAACGUUGCGCCGGGAACGCGCGCUCUCCUUUCAAGCGUCUGCGUCUUGCCAGUCCCACGGGUUGAACUGUACCCCUCGUACCUGAGGACAUAGAGUUUACCUUAGGUCCUCGCAAGUUGGCCGACAACCAACGUAAUCAUAUUUAAGCUUCUCGUAUCGGCGUUCAUCCUUCAAGAGCUCCGAAGAUUCCGACGUGGUUAUCAUCCUGCGUCUUCGAGACACGACACGUCUUCGAUCUGUGGUUCUUGAGGACAUCGUGCACAACGCUGCUACCAAGGACUGGCUGGGACAAGGAUCAUCGGGUUGGAUUCAACUCUGCUCUGAUUUCUUCGAAGCACCAGGAAGGCACUGCCGGGGCGCACGCAACCAGACGUCAGUCAUCCGGUUUUGUCAUCUACUAUUCUGGCUUUCUUCAUGUCGUUCUGUACGGGACUGAUGUGGAAGUCGGAGGUGAGCUGAACGAAGAUCGUCUUUGGGUGCAAAACCUGUGCCCGGCGCGCUCAGCGGGGUUUCACUCGGUGACCUUGAAAGAAGCUGUUUUGAAGAUCGAUACUCAAGCUCCUGGAAUAAGUGUGAUCGCGUGCCAGUCUCUCACCAGCUGCCUCAGGUCUCGUGGUACCCCGCAGCUGGCUCUAGUCUGCACUGUUCAGUGUUGACAGCCUCUUUGCAAAGUCAUGUUAAAGGACCUGGUGUGAACGGACGCACCUAAUCAAGCUUCGUGUUUUAGAAGCAGCUCUGGAGAAGGCACCAACUCUGGUCGCUGAGCGAAGUUCGCCCUUGGAUACCUGAAGACAUUGUCGGAAAAAUAUUGACACGUCAAAACAAAUAAUCAUUUCUGCUUCGGUAUCUUUGUCUUCAAGCUUCAGCUCUUCAAGCGCUGUCCACCGGAUCCGUUCCGAUGAUAAUGAAAAUGACUCAGUUGUCUUCAUUGAAGAUUGUCGUCCUCGGCAGCAAGCAAGUCGGAAAAUCAGCUGUCAUCGUAAGGUUCCUGACAAAAAGAUUCAUCGGAGAAUACCGGUCUAACUCUGACUGGCUGUACAAGCAAUCGGUUGCCUGCGAUGACGUCAAGACCAACAUCGAGAUUCUGGACAUCUCAAGAUGGGCCGACGAUGUGCUGCCUCCGACGGACCAGAUGCGGUGGGCCGAGGCAUUCGUGGUCAUCUACAGCAUCUGCAACCGCACCAGCUUCCAGCAAGCCGUCGACUACAUCGAGGCCGUCCGUCGCUUACACACCCCGUCCUACGUGCCGGUCCUCCUUCUCGGAAACAAGCUGGACCUCGAACACUGCCGUCAGGUGUCGGUGGACGACGCCCAAGACCUGUGCGCGCGCUAUGGUUGCCAGUUCUACGAGGUCUCCGCCGCCGACGGCUGCGCCGGAGUCGAACAGGCCUUCCACAACUUCCUGCGGGAGGCACGGACACUCUACUUCCACAGGAGCCUGCCACGGACGCGCAAGUUGAGCAUCGUCGCGGUGUCCAAGGUGUUCGGUGCCAUGUUCGGCGGUAGGGGCAAGAUGGCCUCCCCGCCACCUCAGGACCAACAGAAGAAGAAGCGACCGUCGCUCUCGCUGUGAACGUGUACGUCGAGACCGCCGUAAACUACGGGACUCAACGACUGCAAUGCGGUCGCACCGGACUGACGGGGAAAGGGAUCCGCGGGAAAGUGGUCGGGACUCCCACAUACUGUCGCUGUACGGUGCAACGUCGUGUUUCUCCCGAACAUGUAUUCCUUCCAUUGCAUGCACGUAAACAUGGGCUCCUCAGUACAUUUGUGCCACUCUGCCCUUUCGGUUAGGGAACAAGAAGACAUGGGCGAGAGGCGAGAUUCAAGGGACGACUAGAGCCACUAAAUACGUUACAGUUAGAGUAGUGACCACUUCAUUCCCCAACUGUCCUGUGGGCGCAACCAUUUUAGUCCUUAGUGCAGAGCCGACGCGAUUGGUGACCGUUAUGAUUCAAAAGUGUAACUUCCUGACCUUUAGAUACAUCGUCGGAAAGCUCAGCGGACAGUUUUAGCAUUUUUGGAGGAUGAUAAAGCGCUUCCUGCAAUUUCAGGUAUAGCUUCAGGCAACCGACAACAAUGAUUUUAGGCACCAAGAUGGCUGUAGUGUUGCUCUCUGAGGGAAAUUUUAUUUAGGGUAUGACAGCAUGCUGUAGCACAUACAUUGCCUCGUUGACAUACAGUUAACAUACGGCGAAGUGACUCGGCCCUAGGCAACCCUAUGUGUCAGCACUGCAACAGACUGUGAUAUGUCAUGAACAAGAGUUCCAGCCAGCAUCAUGAGCCGCCAAGAAGGAAAUAUAUGUAUGUAAAUAACCAGCACGACAUUGUUAUCAUAGAUGUAUGUGACUCUACAGUGAGAGUGCAAGUGAUUGUUAGAGUGGAGAUGCUAUGUUUCACAUUUUUUCAUGUCAUCACACAUCAUGUGCAUAGAGAGGUGUAGUACUCUCGGUUAGUUCUGUUGGUCAGCAUAGAAGUCAUCACUGUUUGGUUCGUACCAGGAACAAAUGAAGUCAACUAUUUUUUUGCCUGCGCCCAUCAACAAACCUUAAGUGAAUCUCGAGACACCUAUAAACUAGUCUUUGAUAGGCACUGGCAAACAUGGAUAACAACUAGUCAUACUAAAAACCUUGGUACAAAUGUCCACACUAGGAUCAAGCCCGGCCGUAGACUAUUUUUGGCACGCGCCAUGAACUAAGGCAACAUGGUUCACAAUAAUUGUGAACGGUACUGUACUUUUCUGCAAAGUUGCACCAGUGCUGCACAACAAUAAAAGUGUUGACCUGAAGACUGUCUUGCUCGAGUUUCAUUUACAGAGAGAGAGAAAAAAAAGACAAAGAAUUUAGAUAGUCCUUAAGUAAUGAUAAUUCUCCAUUAAAUAGGCAAAAGGAAGUGUAAUAUCAAAUUGCAACUACAUAGAAAAGGAUUGUCCUUGCAGUAAGGCCCCCGUCUACAACAACCCCCCCCCCCUUUUUUUUUUUUUUACUUUAGGAAUUAUUUAUGCAUCCUUAAUCGCUCAUUUUCCACCCAAAUGUAGCGAUAGCGGUCCGAACAAAAUGCCAAAGUUUAAGAACUAACCAUUCUUAUUCAAAAGUUUUUUUAAACGAUUUUUUCGCAAAUUUUAAUGGGAAAAUGGGGUCCGUUUUUUCCCGUUUUCGGUCACUGCUGCCAUUCAGCUCCAUGUACUCGGGAGCGCUGUUUGGCCGCCGUUUCCCCGUCGGAAAUUUCCGAAAAAAUCAUUUAUAACUUUUGUAUAAGUCUCUUAAUUAGCGAAGAUUCAUGGGAAGUUUACUCCAAAACAACACGUUUAAAACAAGCAAAAGAAAAAAAAAAA